AGCUCGCGUUACCGCAGUGUUUAAGAGCGCGUGCAGGGUGUAAGCUAGCUUUAACGGCGUAACUUUGUUGCUGGCCACGAAAGUUGUUUUAUUUUUCUAUCGUAACAUUAUUGUAACGUUUUAUUACCGUUGUUUGCUCUUUCUUAGACUAGUAAAAUGAUAAAGUUAAACUGUGUUAAUCUCGACAAGUUUAUGGAAGAGUUUACUCGACUUGAACAGAAAAUUACAGAGGUUAAUGACAAAAACAGCGUGUUGGAGAUCAAGCUAGAGGAUGCCAACAGGCUCAUGAAGUUCUGUCUGACCAAGGAGAAAAGUCUGAUUGAGGAGAGAGACAGUCUUCUUGUCACAGUGAACAGACUGCAGCAGACUCUGCAGGAGCAGUGCAACCUCAGAGUGGAGAAUGAGAGACUGAAGAACGAAAUGGCGAACCUGAAACAACAGAACGAGAGAACAGCAGAGGACGGAGAGGCCGAGGUUCAGCGGCUGGUCAGUGAAAUGAGAGCACAAAGCGAGAGACACAAGAGGGAGCUAGAGACUGUGAGGCAGCAGUGCAGGAGAGAGGUGGAGGAUGCCCACAGGGAGGCUCUCAGUCAAUUAGAAGCUAAAGAUGCUGAAGUAAUGAACCUUCUGGAGAAACAGGAUCGGGAUCUGGAGGACAUGAAGAAGGUGCUGAAGAACCAGGAGAGGGAGAGGCAGAGCGAGCUUCUGAAGUUACAGAUGGAGUUUGGUGCGAAGUUAGCCAGAGUUCAGAGUGCAGCUCAGUGGAGCCAACAGCAGCAGAGGCAGGAGCAACAACAUGGCUCCAGCCUUCUUCCACAGAGUGUCUUCAAGAGGAAGUUGCAGUUCUUCCAGGAGGAGAAGAACAAAGAGAUUGAAGUUCUGCGUCAGAGAAUCAAAGAGCUGGAAGAGAACCAGCGUGCUGGCGGCCUGAACGACAGCCGUCUGAAGAGGAGAAAGAUGUAGACACUAACAAGCUGUUGACCUGUCAGCUCUGCAGUUGCAUAUGCAUUUCUCAGGGGACAGAAGUUACUAAAGUGUUUUGAUAUUUCCAGAUUCCAGAUACUAUUUCUGAACUACACUGCACAUUGUGCACUGUCACACUUGACUAGAUUUACAGUCUCACUGUCCUGCUUGCAGGCGACCAGUGUGCAGAGAGCACACUUAAACACGUGUAGGUUCCUGUCUAAGGCUUUAAUCCAAUCAGGCGCUUGCAUGGGAGGGAGGCAGGGAGGGGCGGAUGCAGGAGAAGAGCUGUUCUAAGUACAUUAGAUAGCUGGAAGGCCACUUUCAUUCAGGGAAUUAAACCUGUUUCUCUCCUUUCAUUCAAAGAAAAAAGACAUUUCUCCUAGUUUUUCAGAUUCCUUGAAGUCAGUCUCUCCCUUGAACACUACUUGUUGUAAUUUGUGUUCAAUGAUAUGUUGUUGAUAUUUAGGAAAGUGUGAAAUUAUCUGCUAUUCUCAUGAGCUUUAAAGUUUUGCGUCACCUGAA